AUGCAAAAGAAAAUAAAACUUGUUGUAGUCGGUGACAGUUAUGUCGGGAAAACCAGUUUGCUAUUCGCUUAUACAAAAAAAGAAUUUUCACAAGCAUAUGCCUCAACAGUAUUUGAUAAUUGGGAAAUAAAUGUUUCCAUAGAAGGAGUCAAAAAUGGGCUUUACACUGUUAAUCUAUUUGAUACAGCUGGUCAAGAAGAUUAUGAUAUCUUACGACAUAUGAGUUAUCCAAACACUAGUGUAUUCCUCGUUUGUUUUUCAUUAGUUGAACCAGGUAGCUUGAAAGACUGCGAAACAAUUUGGUUGCCCGAAAUACGGAAAUAUCAGGGGGAGAACGUUCCCAUAAUCCUUGUUGGCACAAAAGAAGAUUUGAUAGAUUCAACUGAUUCUAGAAAAGUUGUUUCUCUCAAUCAAGCUGCAAAAGUAGCUUCUGAGCAUGGCUGUUUCAAGUUCUUGCCAUGCUCAGCAUUAACUCAUAGAGGUUUGAAACGGGUAUUCGAUGAAGCUUUUCUAUUAGCAAUCGGAAAACCCGUAACAGAAGAUAGGAACUUACGUUGCACUAUACUCUAG